AUGAUGAAGUGGCUGCUUUUGGCUGUUUUCUGCAUUGCUGCCUACGCCUGGGCUGAUGGGAAUGAGGAUGCUAAUAUCGACCAACUGAUGUCGCGAGUGUACAGAACUGUGUUGCUGAAAUCCAAGAGAAGCCCAUCUAUGGGACUCUCAUUGGCUGAGUACAUGGCUUCACCACAGGGCGGAGAUAACUUCCAUUUCAUGCCUUCUGGGCGGAAAUAA